CAAUCUGCUGGUUGUAUUAAGUUUAAAUUUUUUACCUGUUCUUUAGAAUUCUGAGAUGAAUGUAACAUACAUUACUCUUGAUGGUCAUGUGGAGGUGGAAAAAUACCGGUUCCUUUAUUUUGUCAUCAUGCUUAUAGCAUAUAUUUUAAUUUUGUGCAGCAAUUUUACCAUUGUUUAUCUCAUUGUGGUUCACAAAGAUCUUCACGAGCCGAUGUAUGUAUUUAUUGCUGCUCUGUUGAUCAACUCUAUUCUUUUGAGCACGGUGGUCUAUCCAAAACUCCUGAUUGACUUUCUAUCAGAAAAACAGAUCAUAUCUUAUCAAGCCUGUCUCUUUCAGAUUUGUGUUUAUUACGCUAUAAGUGGUUCAGAGUUCUUACUGUUGGCAGCCAUGGCCUAUGACAGAUAUGUGUCCAUAUGUAAACCUCUGCAUUAUCCAACAAUCAUGAGAAAAGCCACUGUGAUCAUUUUGCUGGUUUUAUCCUGGCUUUUACCUGUUUGUCACACGGCUGUGCCAGUCAUAGGAAAUGCUCAAACCCAGCUGUGUAGCUUUACUUUGAAAGGUAUAUUCUGCAACAAUUCAAUUAACCACCUUUUUUGUGUGAAUUCCAGAGCACUGUUAAUAUUUGGUUUGGUUGUUCUGUUCAAUAUUAGCUUGCUUCCUUUGCUGUUUAUACUCUUUACAUACACAAUGAUAUUCAUAACAACUUAUAAAAGUUGUGGACAAGUCAGAAAGAAGGUUGCUAACACUUGUUUACCUCACCUGCUGGUCUUAAUAAACUAUUCUUGCUUGUUUACCUUUGAAAUGACUAUAGUUAGACUGGAUUCUGAUAUUGCAAAGACAGCACGUUUUGUUAUGGCAAUACAAAUGAUUACUUGCAAUCCUCUUUGCAAUCCAAUCAUAUAUGGAAUAAAAAUGAAAGAGAUAUAUAAACACCUCAAAAGACUGCUCUGUCAAACCAAGCCUGCAGUUAAAAAUAUUAGAGCAAAUGUAAAUGUAAACUACAACUGCAAGGAAUCAAUGGAUUCCAAGCCAACCUAUGCCAUAGGGAGCAACCCCGGUUUCACACUGGAAGCAGCAGUGGCGCGAAAUGGCAGUGGAAAAGUUUACUCGAGAACUUUAAAGCAGUCCUUUUCACACCGGGAGAGUCUUGCCCGCGGCACAACUUCUUCGCUGUGUUCUUCACUGGACUUGCGAGAUCACAAGAACCCUCGAGACUUCAAAAGAAAAAAAGCCAUGAAAAUCACACCGCUGCACUUAAAGGGACAAUACUGGGAAUAA